AUGUACACCACCACCGCGCCACGCGUAGCAGUCCUAUACCAAGAACUCUCACCACCACUGAUCAACGGGGUGCGCAAGCCCAAAAAAACCGGAGGAUACAGCGACUCCAGCGCAGACAUCGCCCACGCACUAACCCACUGCAGCCCCAUCUCCGUCGUCACACCCGUGUCUCCUCCAGACCCUUGCAACGAUGCAGACUGGUGCUUUGGCGAUUCCGAAGCUGGAAUUACGCGUGCGCUGGAGAAGGGAGCGACGCAUCUCUGGGCUAACACUAUACUCUUCGCGGAUCAUCCGCUCCAGACGGCAGAUAGUCUGACAAGUGUGGCUGAGACGUUGAAGGUCUUUGGACAACCGCCGAAACUGGUGGAGCUGUGCGAUGACAAGGCAUUCGUCAACAACCUCCUUCGUGCUCGGAGUGGGUUUACGCUACCGGGUGCACAUGACGUCCAAGACGAAGAAGAUCUUGCGGCAGUGCUGCGGGAAGAUCUUCGCUAUCCUGUUGUCGCCAAGCCGGUUAGAGGACGAGGAAGCCACGGAGUGAGAGUUUGUCGCUCCGAAGAGGAACUGAGCGAACAUUGCCGCGAUUUACUGGGGAAGGACGCGUCCGUGAUCGUCGAAGACUUUCUUGCGGGUCAGGAAGUCACUGUUACUGUUAUGCCGCCUUCGCCUGCAUCGGGUCAGGAUGGGUAUUGGGCGAUGCCGGUUGUGGAACGGUUUAAUCACGCUGAAGGUCCUGGUCGGCCUGGCAGAGAGAACCAAGCUAGUCUGACGGCACUGGCUGCUGCUGGCUUGGGAUGGGACUAUCCAACUCUGCUGUUGAAGAUACUUGAGUCGAGCAGUUCGCUGCGUGAUCUGAGGAACGCCACGCCGUCGCAUGUCGAUCGCAAGUGA